AUGUUCAUGUACGUGUACUACUCGGAAGAAGAGGCCGAGGCAGAGAUCCGCGGCAGGAGAGCAUCCAUAUCUGGGCCUGACCGCACAUUUCGCCGUGCUGCUCGAGCAAUCCGAGUCCUCAUCACCGCAUGCAGUUUCGCUUUCGCCGUGCUCCUGGUCUCGGCCGUCAUUUUGCACCGCUUUCCGUGGGUCGCUCAAACGUGGGCCAACAUCCUCGGCGUUGCUGUUGCGGUGUUUGCAUGUGUGCAAUGGGUUCCUCAAGUCCGGACGACGUAUCAUCUCGGCCAUCUGGGGAGUCUGAGUCCGCUGUCAUUGUGUCUGAUGGCGCCCGUGAGUAACUCCCUGCUCACUUCGUUCCUCGCAAAUACUGAUGGUUUGCUGGAUAGUAUACCUGGAUAUUUGGCAUCAAUAUGA